AUGUGUUUUUGUGUCGUUUCGUACAAGAAAAAAACCGCGCAGUGAUCCACAAUGGGGAUGCUUGUCUUGCACCUUUCACGUUUGGACACUAGAGGGCGUCGUUGUUCAGUUACAACGCCAACGACGCCACCCAUUUUUUUUAAAAAGGGCUAAUAAAUGGUUUCUUAUGAGUGACAAUGGUUUAUUGUGCAACUUGUGAGCAUCCUCGUUGGAAUGUGACUUUGUUUGCAAGUUGACUCCUAAAAAUCCUGAAAAUCAUCCUAAUUGGGCUUAUCAAUAGGUUGCAUCACCACUCAUCCAUCCCACCUUUUUCCCUCCCUCUCCUGUAGUCCUCCUCUCUGCUCUGCUGUGCUCUGCAAGCCCUUUUUCACGCACAAAAGCAAUCAUAAGCUGCGGGAGAAGACAAUCGCCUGCCUGAGUGCAGUGGAGUGUCAUCAUGGAUGCUUAAGACAGAGCGCGGAGGUGUGCACUCUUGCAGGUAAACAGGUCCCUGAACGCCUCUUGAAGUUGCGGCUACUUUUGUUCUUGUUUUUUUCCCCCCCAUUUUUUUAAUGUUGCCCACCGAGAUAUCAGCAGUGUGUUUCACCUCAAGCGACCAUACUGAGGCAAGGAGAGAAGGUAUGAAAACGGAGGAGAGCCAACAGUCGUGUCUGCAGCAGCCUGCAUCUUCCACACCUUUUGCUGGUCCAGAGUACUCGGGCGGAGGGGGUGGAGGCGGAGAGGUGUGCGCAGGCUGCGAGUCUCCCAUCGCUGACCGCUUCCUGCUGCGUGUUAAUGAGCGCUCCUGGCACGAGACGUGCGUCAAGUGCACGGUGUGCAUGAGUGCCCUCACAGGGACGUGCUACUGCAGGGACCGUCUGCUUUACUGCAAGCCUGACUAUGAAAAGCUGUUUGUGAGGAAGUGCAGCGCCUGCCUGCAGGUGAUCGGCCGCUCUGAGCUGAUCAUGCGGGUGCUGGGCCAGGUGUACCACCUGGGCUGCUUCAGCUGCUGCGAGUGUGAACGCAGGCUGCAGAGAGGCGACGAGUUUGUGUUGAAGGAAGGCCAGCUGCUGUGUCGCAUGGACUAUGAGAAGGAGAGGGAAAUGCUCGCCGCCAUUAGUCCCGCCCCCACGGAAUCAGUGAAAAGCGAGGAUGAGGACGGCGGCGGGGGCUCAGGUGGGGGCAAAGGUGGAGAUGAAGGGAAGGAGCACAAGCGCUCAAAGCGGCCACGCACCAUCUUGACCACGCAACAGCGGCGCGCUUUCAAGGCAUCUUUUGAAGUGUCAGCCAAGCCUUGUCGCAAGGUGAGAGAGACGUUGGCGGCCGAGACCGGGCUCACAGUGCGGGUUGUGCAAGUGUGGUUUCAAAACCAAAGGGCCAAGAUGAAGAAGAUUGCUCGCAGGCAGCAGCAACAGCAACAGCAGCAGCAGGAGCAGGAACAGCUAGGAGGGACCAGAAGGGGGGCCAGCCGAGGGGGUCGCCAAAGCAACGAUGACAGUGAGGACGGCUCCAGCAGCCAUGGCAUGGAUGGCAUGCUGGGAUAUCCCUCUCUGCCGAGACAGCAGCUACUCACCCUGGACCCCAACAUCUACGGAGGGGAGCCAUUCAGACACGGGCUUACUCCACCUCAGCUGAACAACGAGGGGCUCCAUCCGUACGACUCAGAGACGGUGUUCCACGACCUGGACAGCGACGGAAGCCUGGGUCACCUUGGCGACUGCCUCCUAGCGACGGGGGAGGGCGGCCUCCUGGCGGGCCGUGUGGGAAACCCCAUCGACCGUCUCUACUCCAUGCAAAACUCCUACUUCACCUCGUGACCCUUAGAAACUCUCACCCGUCCUCCCCUCUCCUCAACCUCUCUCCACCUCAGAGAUGCAGCUAAUGGGAGUGUGUCCAUCAACAUGCCUGACAGAAAAGAAAAAUCACCCACCAAAAACACUUGGCCAACCAAAGUCGAUCAAAGACAAGAUUAGUUGCCAUCAUUCCCUCCUUGAUGAGAAUCACUUGCUGGAACGAGAGACACUGGAACUCUUUUCUUUUGUGGCAUUUAUGUUUAAGAAAACACUGCACUUUUAAAACACAAAAGACACUUACCAAACACACUGACGACACGAGUAAUGUACAACACGGGUGACAGGUUAGGUCAAGGUUACUCAACUGGCGGCCUGGGGCCAAAUCCGGCCCAUUUAAUUCAAAUCUUGGGGUGCAACUACCAUUUUUUUGCAGCAGAUUCCUAAAAACACCAAAGCGCUGUCGCAUACAGGAUCUUUGACAAGAGCUUUUUGGCAGUAGAUCGUUGAAAAUAGUAGAACACUGUUGUCCUAGAGAGGAUCUUUGACUAGCGUUUUUGGCAGUAUAUUCUUAAAAACAGAAGAGCUCUCCUGUCAUUCUGGGACUAGCGUUUGUGCAGUAGAUUUUUCAAACAGCAGAGCGCUCCCAUCAUUUAAAGGAACUUGGACUGGCAUUUUUGCUGUAGGUCUUCAAAAAUAGCAGAGCACUUUUGUCAUCAGGAGGAAGUUUGACUUGCAUUUUUAGAGCACUCCCGUCAUUUAAAGGAUCUUGGACAAGCGUUUUUGCAGUAGGCACUUAAAAACAGCAGAGUGCCCAUGUCGUUUAAAGGACCUUGGACCAUCGUCUUUGCAGGCGAUACAUACAAACAACAGAGCUCUUCUGUCCCUUAAAGGACCUUAGACUAUGGUUUUUGCAGUAGAUACAAACAGCAGAGCUUUUCUGUCAUUUAAAGGAUCUUGGACUAGAGUUUUUGCAGUAGGGUCUUAAAAACAGUGACGCUCUGAUUCAAAGGAUCACUAAGUGUUUUGCACUAGGUCCUUAAAAAUUGUGGAGCGCUCCUGUCAUUUAAAGGAUCUUGGACUACUGUUUUUGUACUAGGUACUUAAAAAUAGCAGAACUUUCUUUUCAUUUAAAGGAUCUUGGACGAGUAUUUUUGCUGUAGAUCCUCAAAAAUAGCAGAGCACUUCAAAGAGAGGACCUUUGACUUGCGUUUUUAGUAGUAGGUCCUAAAAAACAACAGAGCACUCCCAUCACUUAAAGGAUCUCGGGCUAGCAUUUUUGCAGUAGCUUCUUAAUAACAGCAGAGCGCUCCUGUCAUGCAAAGAAUCUUUGACUAGUGUUUUUGUACUAGGUACUUAAAAACAGCAGGGCUCUCAUGUCAUUUGAAAGAUCUUGGACUAGCAUUUUUGCAGUAGGUUCUUAAAAACAGAAGAGCUCUCCUGUCAUUUAAAGGAUCUUGGGCUAGCAUUUUUGCAGUAGGUUCUUAAAGACAGAAGAGCUCUCCUGUCAUUUAAAGGAUCUUGGACUAGCAUUUUUGCAGUAGGUUCUUAAAAACAGACGAGUGCUCCCGUCAUUUAAAGUCUCCUGGACCGGCGUUUUCGCAGUACGUUCUUAAUUACAGUACAGUGCUCCUGUUAUUUGAAAGGAUCUUGGACUAGCGUUUUUGCAGUACAUUCUUUAAAAAAUAGCAGAGCACUGCGGUCAUAUAGAGGAUCUUGUCCUUAUUUGUUGGGAGUGAAUUUACCCAUCCAGAUAUUUGUGAGUCAAAACAUAGAGCUGAGGUUCUUUUGGGUUUUUUUUUGGAAUGAAAACAGUGAUUAGUAAUGUGGCAGAUGCGAUACUUUCUAAUGAUUGUGAGUACAGUUUUGCUCUCAGGUUAGUGCGUGUAUGUUUGUAUUACCUGAGUACUAACUCAGGAUAUGACACUGGAUAGGAUUGAGGUAUAACCAAUUAUUUGUAUAUGUGGACAUUUUUAAACAACCCUCUAUUUGAAAGACUUAUUUCUUCAUUUUGAUCGCAUGACUGGCUUAUUCCAGACCAAAAUAAUAAAGUCAUCAUCACUACUACAGGGUCACUUCAAUGGAGCCUUAUACGGCGACAGGGUUGUACAAGAGACUUUCCUUUUAAUUUUAUCAUUCAAAAAAAGCUGAGAAGUAAAAAAAAAAAAUAAGAAAAAAAAACACCUACAAGAACAGUAACAAGCUCCAAAUGUGAAUGUGUUAUAAUUGUAGUCUACUUCCACACUCAUUUCUUUCUCUGACAGCUCAAGGUAGUCGGUGUUAGGUAGAUUUUUGUACUUUCCUCUGUGAUGAACAACACAUAUUUGAACUGCAGCAUGGUAUUUGUCACACAAAUAGUCUCCAGACACAUUAAAAAGACAGCAGACAACAGUGGAAUUAAAAAUAAUCAGACUACACGCGAAGCUUGUGUUCAUUCAGGUGCUAUGAAAGGCACUCACAGCCUCCUCUGCAUUUCUCCAGUGCUAUUUUGUGAAUGUAACUUAUAUGUGCGGUGUUAGCUCAGUUUCUUAUGUUCAGUGGCUACCAGGUGACGUGUUUUGAAUGUAUUAUGUUACUGUAUAUUCAAUACAGUCUGCAAUUUCA